CCUGCAAAUAACAGCACAACUUUUUUCUGUUUUUGAAAGUUAGGCCAAAAUUCAGAGUGAAAAAAAAUUGCUCACACCAUUGUAGACAGAGUUUAGCAUAUCGAGGCGAUUCCAAAAAAAAAAAAAAAAAAAAUCAAUUCCUCUGAAAAGAAAUUGAAAGCGGAAAUGGAAAAAGUGUUAAUAAGCUCUGGCUCGCACUGACAGAGUUCUUGAAUUGAAUCAUUUCAUUUCAUAAAAAAGCUAGUGUUUAGAGUUUAGAGAGAGAGAGAGAGAGAGAAAAGGAGCUAAGGUUUAGAAUUAGGGUUAGGGGUAGGGUUAGAGUUCGAGUUCUUCGUGAAGAAGAAGACGAAGAAGAAGAUGAUGAUGACGAUGGAGGUGGAGGUGAGAUUGCAUGUGUACGAUGUGACGAAUAGUGGAUCGGACAAGACCAACAGCACCAUUCUUCAGAUCAACAAGAUCUUCAAGGACGGUAUUGGCCUUGGUGGCAUUUUCCACAGCGCUGUCCAGGUUUAUGGAGAUGAUGAAUGGUCAUUUGGGUUCUGUGAACAAGGAACUGGAGUUUUCAGCUGCCCUUCCCAGAAAAAUCCAAUGUAUACAUAUCGUGAAUGCAUUGUUCUUGGAAAAACAAACUGUUCAAUAUUAAAGGUAAAUCAGAUCUUGAGGGAACUUAGUAGAGAAUGGCCUGGAAAUUCAUAUGACUUGUUGGCAAAAAACUGCAAUCACUUUUGUGAUGAGUUUUGUGAUAAGCUUGGAGUGCAGAAGCUUCCAGGUUGGGUUAAUCGUUUUGCCAAUGCUGGUGAUGCUGCCAUGGAAGUUGCUGGAAAUACGGCACUGCGGUUGAGACAAGCCAAGACAGAAAUUGUAUCGGCAAGCAAAGUGGCCUACCAGUUUAUUGUGAGAGUUGCUAACAAUACCACAAGUGCUCCUGACUCUGAGUCACCGGAAAAUUCAAGCAGAGGCACUUCUUCUAGAUUUCGAGGUACUUGGUUUAAAAACCUCAUCACAGAUGGUGCUAAACCAUCUAGUAGCUCUGAAAUUGAGAAUCAGGAUGAGGGUGCAAGUCGGUUGCAACAGCAACAUGAUGAUAAAUCACCUCUUUGGCAAAAUUCACAGUCACGGUAUGACAUGUGAGGGGUAUAUUCCAAAGUCAUCUUUGUUGUGUAACUACUACGUGUAGUUGGCGAAGGCCAUUGACAUUUAUUCAUUCUGUAUCAAUGUAAAAUUUCCAUUUGUUGAUCAACUACAUUCUGCCCAGUGAUGCCCCCGAAGGACUAAAGCACAGAAGACUGUCCAUCUUAUAGCGUUUUUCACCAUAUAUGGCAGGAUGAAUUGAUUUCCACGCAUUCUUGAAGCUCUCGUAUGGUGGUUGGGGCAAGGUUCUGUGUAGUAUGCUGUUUGUAAGUCUGCAAUUAGAUAUUUAGAUGUAGACCUAUUUGUAUGGAUAUAAUCUUUCUAAUUCAAUUUGUUUCUUGGCUUAUGCAUGCCCAUUUAA